AGGACCACCUUUCAUUUUUGCGCUUUGCAACACUGCCAGCUGAUUGCACUUUGGCGCUCGCCCAGAGCGUACAUCCCACCGAAUGGCCAACCGGAGGAUGUGCAUUGGUGAGGACGAGCCCAAGGAGUGCCAUCGCCUGCUGCAAUUGACCAACUGCCGCCUGGUGCGCGGCCACCGGCUCAUCCGCGACGAUCUGUGGGUGCGCGAUGGGCGGAUCGUGAAUCCGGAGCCCAUAUUCUUUGAUGAACAGGCCACGGCCCAUCGCCGCGUGGACUGCGGAGGCGCCAUCAUCGCCCCCGGCUACAUAGACCUUCAAAUCAACGGUGGCUAUGGCGUGGACUUCUCCUACGACACAGAGACCAUCGAGGAGGGCGUGGAGAAAGUGGCCUGCGGUCUAGUCAAGAGCGGCGUCACCUCCUUUUGCCCCACCCUGGUGACCUCGCCCAGCCAGAGCUAUCACACCAUAUUGCCUCGCAUACCGAAGACGGUGCCGAAUGGUGCCGGAAUACUAGGCAUCCAUGCCGAAGGACCGUUCAUCAAUCCACAGAAGAAGGGCGCGCAUCCAGAAAGCUGCAUACGGACAAUAGACAAGUCACAGGGACUGAGCACGCUGGAGAGCACCUAUGGCUCCCUGGAGCGCAUCAAGAUCUUAACCCUGGCGCCGGAGAAAGUCACGGACCAGCAGGUGAUUGGCCAGCUGGUGGACCGAGGCAUCACCGUGUCCCUCGGCCAUUCGAUGGCCUCGCUCAGCGACGGCGAACAGGCUGUGCAGCAGGGCGCCAGUCUAAUCACGCAUUUGUUCAACGCCAUGCUGCCGUUCCAUCACCGGGAUCCCGGCCUGGUGGGGCUUCUGGCCUCGGAUGCCGUACCGCAGGGUAGGACCGUGUACUUUGGCAUUAUUUCGGAUGGCGUUCACACGCAUCCAGCAGCUCUGAGGAUUGCCUACCGGACACAUCCCCAGGGCCUGAUCCUGGUGACGGACGCCAUCUCGGCCUUGGGCCUGGAAGAGGGCGUCCAUCACAUUGGACAGUUGCCGCUGGAGGUCAAGCGGGGCAAGGCAUUCAUUGCCGGCACGGAAACACUGUGCGGCAGCAUUGCACCCAUGGACGAGUGUGUGCGGAUCUUCAAAAAGGCCACUGAUUGCUCCAUUGUCUAUGCCAUUGAGGCGGCCACCUUGCAUCCCGCCGAAUGCCUGAAGAUCGAGAAGCAAAAGGGUACCUUGGACUUUGGUUCGGAUGCCGAUUUUAUUAUACUGGACGACGAACUGCGGGUUCUCUCCACCUGGAUAGCAGGAGAAUGUGUUCACCGGACUGCCGACAAGUAGUACAUCAAAUGUACGUACGGAAACGAUUUUUGUAUAUUAUUUACCUGACGCAGGAUGUAUGUAUGUAUGUAUUUUUGUAUACCCAAGAUUCUCCCAUUAAAUUGUUAAAUUUAUACAUUCCAAA